AUGUGGGCCCAGUUCCUCGACCUCCUGUUCCUUCCCCUCAGUAGGGAUGCUGUGCCCCUCACUCCGGUUGGCACCACAAUAUUUACAGGGUUUUCAGGAGACAAUGGAGCUACAGACAUAGAUGAUGGACCAAACGGGCAGAUAGAAUACGUCAUCCAGUACAAUCCGGAGGACCCGACAUCCAAUGACACCUUUGAAAUCCCCCUCAUGUUGACCGGGAAUGUGGUGUUAAGGAAGAGGCUCAACUAUGAAGACAAGACUCGGUACUUUGUCAUCAUCCAAGCUAAUGACCGGGCACAAAAUCUGAAUGAGCGGCGAACCACCACCACCACCCUCACGGUGGAUAUUCUGGACGGAGAUGACUUGGGUCCGAUGUUUCUUCCUUGUGUCCUUGUGCCGAACACUCGUGACUGUCGCCCGCUCACCUACCAAGCUGCCAUACCUGAGCUCAGAACUCCGGUAAAUAUACUCCCAUUCUUUCACCUUCACUUGCACCUCUUUGACCUCAGUGAGACCCCAUUCAAAUAUUUUGCAAACAUGUCAGUGGAGAAUAGCAAACUGCACGGGACUAACAGUAUGUACCAGCUCCCGAAGGGAGGAGGGCGGAAGAAACAUUGUAAGAACAUCUGGGGAAGGAAAUCUUGUCGUGAUGACGGCUGGAAA